AUAUUUAAUUUUCUUCCAACAUUCAAAAAGAAAUAAAAAUGUUUUACUUCCGGUCUGUUUAAAGGGAAGAACGGAAUCUCAGGAAUCCGUCAAGUUCACCCAUAAAAAUGUCAACUCCAGACGUACAAAGGAUUGAUCCUACAUCAGAUGGCGACACAUCUUUAGAUCAGUCAGCUGAUCUAUCACUUGAUCUCUCCCUUGACCAGUCGGAACUCCUUAAAACAGGACAGCCUAGCAAGCCCCCUCACUCUAUGGGAGUAAGAAACAUGACUCUCAACGGUCACGUUGGCUUUGACAGUCUCCCAGACCAGCUGGUCAACAAGUCUGUGGCCCAGGGCUUCUGCUUUAACAUCCUCUGUCUUGGAGAGACCGGCAUUGGCAAAUCCACUUUGAUGGACACACUAUUCAAUACCCAUUUUGACUCUACCCCUAGUACUCAUGACCUUCCAGGGGUCAAACUGAAGGCUAGCACUUAUGAACUUCAAGAGAGCAGUGUGAGAUUAAAGUUGACCAUUGUCGAUAGUGUUGGGUUUGGAGACCAAAUUAACAAAGAAGACAGCUGGAAGCCCAUUGUGGACUACAUCGAUGCCCAGUUUGACAACUUUUUGAGUGAGGAGCUGAAGAUCAAGAGAUCUCUACACAAUUACCAUGACACCAGGAUCCACGCUUGUUUGUACUUUGUGGCCCCCACAGGACACUCCUUGAAGGCCCUUGACCUUGUGACCAUGAAGAAACUUGACAACAAGGUCAACAUCAUCCCAGUCAUCGCCAAGGCUGACACCAUUACCAAGGCCGAACUACAGAAAUUUAAACAAAAGAUUAUGAACGAGUUAAGUGCGAAUGGAGUCCAGAUUUACAGCUUCCCUAUUGAUGAUGAAACUGUAGCAGAAGCCAACAAAGUCAUGAAUGGACAUGUUCCUUUCGCUGUGGUAGGAAGCAGUGAUGAGGUCAAAAUUGGAAACAAAAUGGUGAAAGCCAGACAGUAUCCGUGGGGAACAGUACAAGUUGAGAACGAGAAUCACUGUGACUUUGUGAAGCUGAGAGAGAUGUUGAUCCGUACCAACAUGGAGGAUAUGCGGGAGAACACACACAGCAAACACUACGAACUCUUCCGCAGGAACAAACUCCAGGAGAUGGGAUUCUCUGAAAACGAGUCCAAGAGUUUAUCAGAGACGUACGAAUUGAAGAGACAGCAGCAUUUGGCAGACUUACAGAGAAAAGAAGAUGAGAUGAGACAGACCUUUGUCAUCAGAGUCAAGGAAAAAGAGGCACAACUCAAGGAAACAGAGAAAGAGUUACACGACAGAUUUGAUGCCCUGAAGAAGAAACAUGCUGAGGAAAAGAAGAAGAUAGAGGACAAUAAGACGCGGUACGAGGCCGAUAUGCAGGCAUUCCAGCAACGUAAGGCUCAGCACCAGGCCCAGAUGUCAACGCUCGGGAAGAAGGGCAAGAAGUGAAACUCGGUCAUCAGUGAUCUAACAUUUACAGACUGAAAGAGUUCAGCACCAAUAGAAAUGAAGACAAUGUUUUUAGAAUUUGGAAUCUCUUGAUCUUUUCUUUUCUCAUUUGCCCUUCAGAAGGGACCAAACUUUUUUGUUGUUGCCGAAUUAACAUAAAAUUAUUAACAAACAAAGCAAUAAUUUGUCAAUCACAUUAUGUGCCUGAAUUUGGGCUUCCAUGUUUUUUCUUUGAAUUUCGCUCUUUUGUUCAAGAGAAAAUAUGAAAUCUUGAUAAAAUCAAGACCAUUCUUUAAUUCCUGUACAUCCCCUAUGGACUUCUUUGAUUGUGCUAAGUUUAGAAUUAAGAUGCCCUAUGUGUACUCGGUCGUUCUGUGUUCUGUUGUGUUGCUCUCUGUUGUUGGUUGUACUCUGUAUUGUCUGCAUGUUUCUGUAAUCAUCAGUAGAACUGCAUGUUUCCGUUUAACCACUGCCAGAUAACUACAUACAUUUGUACCUCCGGAUUCAGUAAACAUGGGAAGAGAUAACUACAUACAUUUGUACCUCUGGAUUCAGUAAACAUGGGAAGAGAUAACUACAUACAUUUGUACCUCCGGAUUCAGUAAACAUGGGAAGAGAUAACUACAUACAUUUGUACCUCCGGAUUCAGUAAACAUGGGAAGAGUACCUGUUGAGUUUGUAUAAGAGAGUCUGAGAUUAAUAUGAUUUAUCAGGUAUUCUGUUGCUGAAGACUUUAAACACAACAAAGUGAACAAAAUCAUGUAUUCAUCAGAGUUAACUUCAUUAUGAAUAUUCAUGAAUAUUUAUGAAUUGACAUGUAUGUAAAUGUAUUAUGCAUAUUUUUAUUUGUAUACUUUUAUAACUAUUAAAUCAAAUGCUUGCCUUAGUUGACUACUUAACUAAAACAUCAUUGUUUUCUUAUGAAACAUCAGUUUCUUUCUAAAUGGAAUUACUUUUCAGUAUUAAAUCGCUGCUUGUUUAAAAAUGUCCAGUCAUUUGAACACCUUGUUGAGAAAUCCUUCCAAAUUGUCUCUCCUUUACUUGAAAUAAAUGAUGAAACAAUGAUA